UGCCUCGAGUCAAUCUCACUGCACACUGUAUAUCAUCAUCACAAUUCACAACUCCCUUUUCACAAACUAAACCGAUUCUUUCCCUUUUCACAAAAACGAACCGUUCCUCUGCGUUUUACUCAACCGCCUCUUUUCAUGGACAACUUGUCAGACACGCCGCCGGUACAAUCAGUCAAGAUACCGCCGUCAAAGACAGCGGAAAUCUCGCCGGACACAAAAGCCGAGACUGACGGAGUUGGUGGAUCCACAAUCAGGAUCAAUGUGAAUUACAAUUCAGUUUUUCACGAGAUCCACCUACCAGCCGAAUCCACUUUCGGAGAUGUAAAGAAGUUGCUUGUGCAAAAAAUUGGUUUAGAGCCAGAACAACAGCGACUUAUGUUCAGAGGAGUAGAAAAGGAUGAUAAAGAGAAAUUGCACCUGGAAGGUGUGAAGGACAGGUCAAAGAUUUUACUUCUGGAGCAUUUUGCUAGCAAAGAGAAGAAACAUGAGGAAAAAAGAAAACUUGAUGAGAUGUCUAAAGCUACUGAAGCUAUUACUGUGGUCAAAGCUGAGGUGGACAAGCUCUCUAAUAGGGUGGCUGCCUUGGAAGCGGCUAUCAAUGCAGGGAACAAGACGUCUGAGAAAGAGUUUCUUGUGUUGACAGAGUUGCUUAUGAGUCAAUUGCUGAAACUAGAUGGCAUUGAGGCCGAAGGUGAAGCAAAGUCGCAGAGAAAAGCUGAGGUGCGACGGGUGCAGGGCAUUGUGGAUAAAUUAGAUUCUCUAAAGGCUAUAAACUCCAACCCAUUUAUCCAAAGUGGAAAUGCUGCCACAGGAACAACCCAUUGGGAAACUUUUGAUACUGGAAAGGAAGGUUCAAACGGCGACCCAUCCACAACCACAACAUCAUCUGGAACAAAAAUAUCUCAAGAUUGGGAGCGGUUUGAUUAGCUUAAAAUUUCUGUGAAAUAUCAACUUAUAAAGACUGUACAAUACCAUAUUGGCCUUCAUCCUUUGUCCAAAGUUGAAAAAUGUUUUUUAUACAAAUUAAUUUAGUGAUUAUUUUUAGAGAUAACCAUUA